UAAAUUGUUUCAAAGUAUUUCUCACAGAUGGCAAGCAGAUAUCGAUAGCAGCUGAUCGGUCUGUCAUCGUGCAGUGUGCAGUCAUAACAAAAUCCAUUCUGUGAGUUGAUUUUCGGCUCGAAUAAUUCAAAAUUACAUAAUUUUCGCUCAAAUGAUGAUCAGGAGCACUUGCUUUAAUACGGCUCCAGUUAUGCUUGGAGCCUUAGUUGUUAAAAGCGAGGCUAAAGAAACUGCAGGAUCAAAUACGGAUGCUAAAUCGAAGCAAACAUGCAAGCCUUCCGAGCUACCACUGUACCGACCAGUAAAUCAAAAAAUUGCUUGUGAGUGCGAGGGCCAUAAAAAGGAAACUGUUUCUAAGCCUGUACAAGCAAUUGAAGACGGAAUUCGUGCUGUUCGAAUCCAAGUAUUUGAAGUUUCUAAGGUUGUAACAAAUCAAAAGAAACAGGUUGCGGAGUGGUACGAACAGGGGAAGAAACAGACGAAAUUUAUUCGUGAUUAUCUCAAUCAGGAAGAUAACACUCUGCCUCGAGUCGGUGCUAUCGCUAUCGGUGGCCUAUCCGGUCUUAUAUUUGGACUUCGUGGAGGAUUUUUCCGAAGGCUCCUGUAUACAUCAAUUGGCGGUGCUGGUGUAGCGUCCAUAUGCUAUCCACAGGAAGCGGAAAUGUAUGCACAACAUGGCUUAGUGGAAGCCAAGAAGUAUGCUACUAUUGGUUACAAUUUUGUGUACGGCGUAAAACCGGGAGAUCAACAACUAGAACUACCAACUAUUCCAACGAGUCUUGGUGAGCUAAAAGACAGCAUGUCCGAGUUGGCAAAGUCUGCUUAUGGUGCUGUCUUUCCUGAGAAGAAAUAAACGGAUGUGAUUAAUUGUUGCUAAAUUGUGCUCAGCCCAGAAAUAAAAUGCGUAGCUGUGAAUUCUUGGAAA